AUGCAAAUUCAACAGCAUAUCGUCCCGUCGUAUUCUUACAGCACGGUCUCCUCUGCACCAGUUCCAUAUGGUUGCUCAAUCUACCUCAUCAAUCAGCUGGCUUAUCUGUUUGCUGACCGUGGAUUCGAUGUGUGGCUGGGUAAUAUGAGAGGGAACAUCUAUUCACGACGUCAUGUCACACUGGACAGCGAUUACAAAGAAUUCUGGAAGUUCAGUUGGGAAGAAAUGGCUGAUUAUGACUUACCGGCUAUGAUCGACUAUGUACUUAAUGCUACCGAACAAACGUCACUCUAUUACGUUGGCCACUCGCAAGGAACAUUGACGAUGCUCACGAAACUGAGCAAAGACAAGGAUUUCUCCAGAAAGAUUCGCAAAUUUUUCUCGCUCGCUCCAGUGUCACGAAUGUCCCACGUCAAAGGAUUGUUUUACUAUCUUGGUCAAAUCUAUGAGCAAUUCAAACUUGUUUAUCGAUUAUUCGGCGAUAAUGAAUUUUUGUCAAACAACAUAUUCACACAACUACUGACGGAUAUCAUUUGCGACAAAUCGGUGAAUAAUCCGCUAUGCGAAAAUUUCAUUUUCUCCGUGAGCGGACCAAACAGCAAUCAGUUCAACUCGUCCAGAAUUGGCAUUUAUUUGGCCCAUAAUCCAGCUGGGACGUCGUCUCGAAACAUGUUACACUUUGCGCAGAUGGUACGCACAAAAAGUAUGGCACCGUUCGAUCUAGGGCCAGAAGGAAAUACCAGGAAGUACGGUCAGGCUAUUCCACCAGAGUACGACAUGAGCCGUGUCCAUAGCCACAUCUAUCUUUUCUACUCGGAUUAUGACUGGCUGGCUAAUGCCGUGGACGUUGAAGAGUUCCUGAUUCCAUCUUUACCAAAGUCCAGCGUCAAAUUCGCCAGCUCGCAAGGAAAUAUACGAUCCAAUCACGAACAUUAUCAAAAUCGAUACACGACGGUUGUUGAUUCAGAAGAGGCCAUGAAACAUAUUUCAAACUCGACGUAA